UUAUUCACUUUUCUUAAGAGUAAGGGGGAACAACACCGUAGGGGAGAAAAAACAUUUGACAUUUGACAGUGUUUCUUUUAUGAUUCGUGAAUUAUUUCCACAAUGUCUACGAAAGCAGAGCAAUUUGCCUCUAAGAUACGAUACUUGCAAGAGUAUCACAACCGUGUGCAACACAAUAUUUACCCCGUGCCCUCCGGAACAGACAUUGCAAAUACACUGAAAUACUUUUCCCAAACCUUGCUCAGCAUUCUGUCCCGCACAGGCAGGAAGGAGAACCAGGAAGCUUCCAAUUUGGCCGUGCCCAUGACCAUGUGUCUUUUUCCUGUGCCAUUCCCACUCACCCCAUCUCUAAGACCACAAGUCAGUUCCAUCAACCCUACAGUUACUCGCUCCCUCCUUUACAGCGUUCUGCGUGAUGCCCCUCCAGACCGCGGGGGGCAGGGGCAGCAGAGUCGGGACGCUCAGCUCUCAGAGUACCCCUCUCUGGACUAUCAGGGGCUCUAUGCGACCCUCGUGACCCUGCUUGACCUGGUGCCCCUGCUGCAGCACGGUCAGCAUGAUCUGGGACAGUCCAUAUUUUACACAACAACUUGCCUCCUGCCCUUUCUCAGUGACGAUAUUCUCAGCACUUUACCCUACACUAUGAUCUCCACUUUAGCUACAUUCCCCCCAUUCCUGCACAAAGACAUCAUUGAGUACCUGAGCACCUCUUUCCUCCCCAUGGCUGUAUUGGGUUCCACUAGAAGAGAAGGGGGCGUUCCAGCAUAUGUCAAUCUCUCUGCCUCCUCUAUGCUAAUGAUUGCUAUGCAGUACACCUCCAACCCAGUAUACCACUGUCAGUUGUUGGAGUGUCUUAUGAAGCACAAGCAGGAAGUGUGGAAGGACCUGCUGUAUGUCAUAUCCUACGGACCAUCCCAAGUAAAGCCUCCAGCCGUGCAGAUGCUCUUUCAUUACUGGCCAAACCUAAAGCCCCCAGGAGCCAUCAGUGAAUACAGAGGCCUGCAGUACACUGCCUGGAACCCCAUCCACUGCCAACACAUUGAGUGUCACAAUGCCAUCAAUAAACCUGCCGUCAAGAUGUGCAUCGAUCCCACCCUCUCCGUUGCCCUGGGAGAGAAGCCCCCUCCUCUGUACAUCUGUGAAGAGUGCAGCCAAAGGAUAUCAGGAGAUCAUGCAGAAUGGCUUGUUGAUGUGCUCUUGCCCCAAGCUGAGAUAUCUGCUAUUUGUCAAAAGAAGAACUGUAGUUCUCAUGUCAGGAGGGCGGUUGUCACCUGCUUCUCAGCUGGCUGCUGUGGGCGCCAUGGCAACCGGCCCGUCCGCUACUGCAAGCGUUGCCAUGUCAACCACCACAGCAGCGAGACGGGGGCUGCGGCGGAGACCCAUCUCUACCAAACCUCUCCCCCUCCCAUCAACACCCGCGAGUGUGGGGCAGAGGAGUUGGUGUGCACUGUGGAGGCUGUUAUCAGCCUACUGAAGGAGGCAGAGAUCCAUGCGGAGCUGCGUGAGUUUGAACUGAACAGGCGUCGUCAGAUGGGCCUGUCUGCCUCCCACCACUCCCUUGACAACAUCGACUUCGACAACAAAGAGGACGACCAGCACGACCAGAGGCUCCUCAGUCAGUUUGGCAUCUGGUUCCUGGUGAGCCUGUGCACCCCCAGUGAGAACACGCCCACAGAGAGCCUGGCGCGGCUGGUGAGCAUGGUGUUCCAGUGGUUCCACUCCACAGCCUACAUGAUGGACGAUGAGGUGGGCUCCCUGGUGGAGAAGCUCAAGCCACAGUUUGUCACCAAGUGGCUGAAGACCGUGUGUGACGUGCGCUUCGACGUCAUGGUGAUGUGCCUGCUGCCCAAGCCUGUGGAGUUUGCCAGAGUGGGGGGUUACUGGGAUAAGUCUUGCAACACGGUGACCCAGCUGAAAGAGGGUCUGAACAGGAUCCUGAGCCUGAUCCCAUACAACGUGAUCAGCCAGCCGCUGUGGGAGUGCUUCAUGCCAGAGUGGCUGGAGGCCAUCCGCACUGAGGUGCCUGACCAGCAGCUCAAGGAGUUCAGAGAGGUGCUCAGCAAGAUGUUUGACAUUGAGCUGUGCCCUCUGCCCUUCUCCAUGGAGGAGAUGUUUGGGUUCAUUAGCUGCAGGUUCUCAGGCUACCCAGCAUCUGUGCAGGAGCAGGCUCUGCUCUGGCUGCAUGUGUUGUCAGAGCUGGACAUUGUGGUGCCUCUGCAGCUGUUGGUCGGGAUGUUCUCUGAUGGGGUCAACUCUGUGAAGGAACUGGCCAAUCAGAGGAAGGCUCACAUAUCAAAUCUAACUGGGGAAAAUACUGAGGCUCGGAGGGAAAGUGUGGUUUCAGAUCCAGGCCGUCUUGGGCAGCACAACACCCUGAGUCCGUUCCCCAGUCCGUUCCGGAGCCCAUUCCGGAGCCCCCUGCACUGCAGUCCCUUUAAGAACCUAGGCCAUGCUACAGGACACUGUGCCCUGGACCUGGACUGUGACGAUGAUGAUAUGAACCUGAGCUGCUUCAUCCUCAUGUUUGACCUCAUCCUCAAACAGAUGGAGCUCCAGGAUGACGGUGUGAUGCUGGUUCUGGAAAGCAGCCUGGGGAAAGACAUCGUGGGCAUCAUCAACAAUGUCUUCCAGGCCCCGUGGGGUGGCUCCCACACCUGUCAGAAGGAUGAGAAGGCCCUGGAGUGUAGCCUGUGCCAGUCUAGCAUCUUAUGCUACCAGCUGGGCUGUGAGCUCCUGGAGAGACUCACCCCCAGGGAGGAGAUACAUCUGGUGGAGCCAACAGAUGGCAUGGAGGACACAUUGCUGUUGCCUCAAGUGUUUGGACCUGAAAAAGGGACAAAGGGAGGGACAGAGGAAGGGGACCACCCUACCAGCACACACACUGACAACCCUACCAAUCAAAGUGACUCUCCUGACAACCCAUCAAUGAAGAAUAAUCCUGACAAGAAGUUUUCCUACCAGCAGCUCCCUGUAUCUCUCAAGCUAAUAUACACCAUUCUGCAGGAAAUGUCCAAGUUUGAGGAGCCUAAUAUCCUGUUCAACAUGCUGAACUGUCUGAAGAUCCUGUGUCUCCACGGAGAGUGUCUGUACCUGGCCCGUAAGGACCACCCCCAGUUCCUGGCCUACAUCCAGGAAAAGAUGCUUAUUCCCAGACUGUGGACCAUGCUGAAGUCCGAGUUCUGCCAGCUGGCCUCCCUGGCCGUGCCCCAGCUCCUGCAUGCCCUCUCCCUCUCCCAUGGAGCAGACAUCUUCUGGAACCUGGUGGACAGCAAUUUCAACAGCAAGGACUGGAAGAUACGCUUUGAAGCAGUGGAGAAGGUAGCAGUGCUCUGUCGGUUCCUAGACAUUGGUUCUGUGACGAAAAAUCACCUGCUGAAGUACUCCCUGGCCCACGCCUUCUGCUGCUUCCUGGCCUCUGUGGAAGAUGUCAACCCGGCUGUGGCCACACGUGCCAGGCUGCUGCUGGACACCAUCAAGAGCCCAGCACUACAGGGCUUGUGUCUGUGCCUGGACUUCCAGUUCGACACAGUGGUGAGGGACCGGCCCAUCAUCCUCAGCAAGCUGCUGAUGCUGCACCACCUGAAGCAGGAGGUCCCUGCACUCAGCUGGGAGUUCUUUGUCAACCGCUUCGAGACGCUCUCCCUGGAGGCCCAGCUCCACCUGGACUGCAACAAGGAGUUCCCUUUUCCCACCACCAUCACAGCUGUGCGCACCAACGUGGCCAACCUUAGUGAUGCAGCGAUGUGGAAAAUCAGACGGGCGCGCUUUGCCAGGAACCGCCAGAAGAGUGUGCGUUCCCUCCGUGACAGCGUCAAGGGCCCGUCCGAGUCCAAGAGGGCCUUCUCCCUCCCAGAGACUCUGUGUAACCGUCUACCUCUAAGACUUACGAGGCAAGAGCACUCUGCCCCGACUCUGGGAGAUAUGAUAGAGAAAGUCCUGCCAGCACGCUUCCUCACGCCCUUUAACCCUGACGCUUCAGCCCCUCUCCUAGGCCACAGCCCCUCACCGGAGGACGAUUCGGUCAUCAGGGACCUUCUCCCAGAGGAUGCUGGGAUCGAUCACCAGACGGUGCACCAGCUCAUCAUGGUGCUGAUGAAGUUCAUGGCCAAAGACAAGAGCAGUGCCGAGGCAGACAUUGGCAGUGCCAAGGCCUUCAACACGGUGAAGCGCCACCUGUAUCUACUGCUGGGCUUCGACCAGCAGGAGGGUUGCUUCAUGAUCGCACCGCAAAAGAUGAGGACCUCAACCUCCUUCAAUGCUUUCAUCGCUGGCAUCGCACAGGUGAUGGACUACAACAUUGGGCUGGGGAAGCAGCUGCUCCCCCUGGUGGUCCAGGUGUUGAAGUACUGCACAUGCCCCCAGCUCAGACACUACUUCCAGCAGCCCCCACGCUGCUCUCUCUGGGCCCUGCAGCCACACAUCAGACAGAUGUGGCUCAAAGCCCUGCUGGUCAUCCUCUACAAGUACCCCUACAGGGACAUGGAUGUGAGUAAAGUGGUUCUGCACCUUAUCCACAUCACCAUCAACACCCUGAAUGCCCAGUACCACAGCUGUAGACCCCAUGCCACCGCCGGACCCCUCUACAGUGACAACUCCAACAUCAGCCGCUACAGCGAGAAAGAGAAAGAGGAGGACAGUGUAUUUGAUGAGUCUGAUGUCCAUGACACCCCAACUGGAGCAGGCAACAAGGAGUCCCAGACCUUCUUCGCUCGUCUGAAGAGGAUCGGUGGCAGCAAGUCUGUCAAGUACCAGCCAGUGGAGCUGAAUGCCCAGAAAAGUGAAAUUGAGCUGUCUGAGUACCGCGAGGCCAGUGCGCUACAGGACAGCAUCCUGCACUGUGUGAGGGAGGAGAGUACCAGGAAGAAGCGUCUGCAGGCCAUGCACAAGCAGAAGUCCUUGGACAUUGCCAACACCGACUCCAUCCUCUACAACCUGGACGAGCACCGACGCAAGUCCUGCAUAGACCGCUGUGACCUGCAGCAUGGUCUCCCCGCACCCCCCUCCUCCACCACCUCCCACCCCAGGCAGAAGGGGGGCCAUGGUAAGGGCUCGUCAGACGGUUCCUCAGGCCGUGCGGAGGGCAGCGACCACCAGGACCGUCGAGGAUCCCGGGGGGGCCACUCAGACUGCUCCAGGCCUGUCAUCCCAGAGGUGCGUCUCAGCUGCAUCGAGAUGUUUGAGGACAAGGCCGACCUGGACUCCCCUCUUACAGGAGGCUCAUCAGCAGAGAAGGAGGACCCGGACCUCAUUGACCUCUCCUCUGACUGUACUUCCAUCCCAGAGAAACACUCCAUCCUCUCCAUGUCCGACAGCGACUCCCUGGUGUUUGAGCCCCUGCCGCCACUGAGGAUCGUGGAGAGUGACGAGGAAUUUGACCUCAACACGGUGAUAGGCAACAGGCUGAAUGGGAGUGCCAGGCCCCCAGCCUCCCCUGCCAGGCCCCCAGUCUCCCCUGCCAGGCCCGCAGCCUCCCCUGAAAGGCCCGCUGCCUCCCCUGCCAGCAGUAGCACCCUGCACCUGUCUCGGGUGGUGCAAGUGAGCGUGGAGGACUGCUCUAUGGACAAGAAGACCACAGACUCCCCAGCAAAAGAAAUCCCUCAACAGCCUUUACAGAGGAGGCCACGCUAUGCAACCUCCACCACCUCCCUGGAGCUGCCUGACCAGCCGGAGCACCCUGGCCUGGAGAGCCCUAUGACCCUCAGUUUACAACAGAAGAGGGACCUGCUGAGGAAGACCCCUGCUGUCCCUGACACCUCCCUGGAUGACUUUGUGCACCCUGAGGACCUGAAGGCAGCGGUGGGUCUGGGGACCAGUCCCUCUGGUAGGACUGUCUUCCUGGACAUUCCUGAAGACACAGCCGAGCCCCUCACCUCUCUGGAGGGGAACAAUGAUGAAGAGGAAGAUUAUGAAGAUGAUGACCUUGAUGACAGUGACCUGAAACCUGAUGAUGAUGAUGACAAUGACGAGGCAGAGUUUAAGAUCCAGAUAGUUCCCCGGCAACGCAAGCAGAGGAAGAUAGCUGUGAGCGCUAUCCAGAGAGAGUAUCUGGACAUCUCCUUCAACACCCUGGACAAGCUGGGUGAGCAGCCCACUGAGACAGCUCAGUACCGUCAGGCGAAGCGGGGCUCGUUGGGAGCUCUAACCAUUAGCCAGCUGAUGAAGAGACAGUUGGAGCACCAGUCCAGCGCCCCUCACAACAUCAGCACCUGGGAGACAGGCCCCACCAAGACCAGCCUCCUAUCUGCCCCCAGUACAGUCAGCAUGUUUGUGCCCGCCCCUGAGGAGUUCAUUGAUGAUCAGCCCACCACCAUGACUGACAGGUGUCGUGACUGUGGUGCGGUGCUAGAGGAGUAUGAUGAGGAGACCCUGGGCCUGGCAGUGGUGGUGCUCUCCAUGUUCAUCCACCUCAGCCCUGACCAGGCUGCUCCACUGCUGCUGGACAUCAUGCAGUCUGUGGGCAGGCUGGCGUCUAGUGCUAAUUUCUCUGGGCAAGCUGAGAGUAUGCUGAUCCCUGGCAACGCAGCAGGUGUGGCUAAGCAGUUCCUCCGCUGUGUGUUCCACCAGCUGGCCCCCAAUGGCAUCCUGCCUCAGCUCUUCCAGAGUAACAUCAAAGAUGGAGGUUUUCUGAGAACAUUGGCUUAUUCCCUGAUUGAUUUUAAUGAACUGAGUUCUGUGGCUGCGCUGAACCAGCUGCUGGAGGGUCUGAACAACAAGAGGAGUCUACCAGCCGGGGGCACCAUGCUGCACUGUCUGGAAAACAUCGCCACCUUCAUGGAGGCCCUGCCCAUGGACUCCCCCAGCAACCUGUGGACCACCAUCUGCAAUCAGUUCCAGACCUUCCUCACUAAACUACCUUCUGUGCUGCCUCUGAAGUGUCCCCUGGACUCCAGUUUGAGGAUUAUCAUUUGUCUGUUGAAGAUCCCCACCACAAGUGCAACCCGGAGCUUACUGGAGCCCUUCUCCAAACUGCUGAGCUUUGUCAUGCAGUAUGGAGUGUUCAGCCUCUCUUACCUGGUGGAGCUGUGUGGCCUCUGUUACAAAGCCUUCAACAAGGAGAGAGAUAAGUUCUAUAUGUCUCGUAUUGUGGUGCUGGAGCUUCUGCAGGCUCUGAAGUUCAAGUCUCCUCUACCCGAUACUAACCUGCUACUGCUGGUCCAGUUUGUUUGUUCAGAUAUUGGUACGAGGCUAGCAGAGUCUACUAUUCUCUCAAAGCACAUGAUCUCAUCACUUCCAGGGUGCACGACAGCAGCAAUGGAAUGCAUGAGGCAAUACAUCAGUGAGCUUCUAGACUUCAUAGCAGAUAUGCACACACUGACCAAACUGAAAAACCAUAUGAAAGCGUGUUGUCAGCCGCUGCACGAGGACACGUUUGGAGGAAACCUGAAAGUGGGCCUGGCACAGGUGGCUGCCAUGGAAAUCAGCAAAGGCAAUCACCGUGACAAUAAGGCAGUGAUCCGUUAUCUUCCCUGGCUCUACCAUCCCCCGUCCACCAUGCAGCAGGGACCUAAGGAGUUCAUCGAGUGUGUGUCCCACAUCCGCCAGCUGUCCUGGCUGCUCCUGGGCUCCCUGACCCACUAUGCCCUGUACCAGGGCUCCACCUCCUGUAUGCCCAUCCCCCUGGACGCUGGCUCACACAUCGCUGACCACCUCAUCAUCAUCCUCAUCGGCUUCCCUGAGCAAUCCAAGACAUCAGUGCUGCACAUGUGCUCCCUGUUCCAUGCCUUCAUGUUUGCCCAGCUGUGGACCAUCUACUGUGAGCAGGCGGCGGCCGCCUCGGCCCUGCAAAACCAGAACCAGACAGAGUUCUCUUCCAAUGCCAUACUGACGGGCCUGGAGUUCUGGAGCCGCGUCACACCCAGCAUCUUGCAGCUCAUGGCCCAUAACAAAGUGAUGGUGGAGAUGGUGUGUCUACAUGUCAUUAGCCUGAUGGAGGCUCUACAAGAAUGCAACUCAACCAUCUUCGUGAAGUUAAUACCUAUGUGGUUGCCCAUGAUUCAAUCCAACCUAAAGCAUCUGUCUGCAGGGCUCCAGCUGCGACUGCAGGCUAUCCAGAACAGGGUGAACCACCAGUGUCUGCAGGGCCAGGCAGCCGGGGCCCUGCCCUUUGCCCUGCGCAAGUGGCUGCAGUGCACCCAGUUCAAGAUGGCCCAGGUGGAGAUCCAGUCAUCAGAGGCCGCCUCACAGUUCUACCCUAUGUGACCUGCCCACCUCUCACGAGAUCCACCAAGACCCAGACCACCUCAGGACCAGCGUGCAUCUGCCUAAUGCCUGCCUGCAUGCCUGACCAUAAACAUCAGGAAGUUGACUCCUGCAUAAACUGACUCUCACCAUCUUAAGACUCUGCUUCUGACGUAAUCCUCUUCAGCACUGUCUAAACUUUGUAUAUCUAUACUACUCUUUUGUGCAAUGAGAGGGAUAGGUGAGUACAGGUCGGGCAGGUGUGCAGAUGUAGGGGGAUAACAGUACAGUAAAUAACAGUUUAGGUGCCCCACAUGCUGUGAGCAGCAUCAGAGGUCAAACUAGAUGGAGAGAAUAUCUAGCAGCACUGCAGAUGACUGGAGUGGAUGGAUGGAGAAUGCGGUAUGCUGAAGCUCAAACUUGUUUACUUGGUGAUACUCAUGUUCUAUAUUGUUAUUUUCAGUUGCUUGGUUGCAAGCCUGACAAAAUAAUUAAAUCAAGCCACAUGUUCUAAAUAUA